CUUAACAUUGCACUUCCUCAGCAUCACCUUUCAAAUCCCUUCACCCCACACCCUUUUCCAUCCCACAAACAAAAACCCAAUGUUCACCUUAUAAACUCCAAACAACACCAAAACAAACAUGGAGAAAAUACAACAUAACAACAUCAAAGUAAAUGGCAUCAAUAUGCACGUAGCCGAGAUCGGGGAAGGCCCCGCGGUGCUUUUCGUCCACGGCUUCCCCGAACUAUGGUACACAUGGCGUCACCAGAUGCUGUUUAUAGCCUCCAAAGGCUACCGUGCCAUCGCACCUGACCUUCGUGGGUUCGGUGACACAGAAGCGCCACCUUCCGCCACCAGCUACACCGCGUUCCACAUAGUCGGAGACCUUGUUUGCUUGCUUGACUCGUUGGGGUUGGACAAAGUUUAUUUGGUGGGUCAUGAUUGGGGUGCCAUAAUAGCAUGGCACUUGUGUAUGUUUAGACCGGAGCGGAUCAAGGCUUUGGUUAACAUGAGUGUGGUCUAUAAAUCUAGGCAUCCUUCGGUCAAACCAGUGGAGCUGAUGCGACAGAUUUAUGGUGACGAUUUUUACGUUUGCAGAUUUCAGGAAAUUGGGUGGGAAGAAGAGUUUGCAAAAGUAGAUACCAAAAAGCUACUAGCCACAUUUUAUUUCAAACGAAUCCCAACUCCACCAAAGAUGCCAAAAGACUUUGCAAAUUGUUUUAACCCACCACCAUACACCUUACCUGCAUGGUUCACCGAAGAAGACCUCGAUUACUUCGCAUCCAAAUAUCGCGCCACAGGAUUUUCAGGACCAUUCAAUUAUUAUCGAUGUUUCGAUCUAAAUUGGGAGCUAUGUGCAGCAUGGAUCGGAUCCAAGAUAAUGGUGCCUGUGAAAUUCAUAGUUGGCGACAUAGAUUUGAUGUACAACUUUCCCGGAAUAAGAGAAUACAUACAUGGCGGUGAGUUUAAGGAAGCGGUGCCACAACUAGAACAAGUGGUGGUGAUGGAAGGAGUUGGUCACUUCAUCAACCAAGAGAAGCCGCAAGAGAUCAACGACCACAUCUACGACUUCAUUACCAAGUUCAAACCAACGUUCACCUCUUAUAUAAAACCCACACAACAAUGUAACUUAUACACAAAAACAAACAUGGAGAAAAUACAACAUAACAACAUCAAAGUAAACGGUAUCAAUAUGCACGUAGCCGAGAUCGGAGAAGGCCCCACCGUGCUUUUCGUCCACGGCUUCCCCGAACUAUGGUACACAUGGCGUCACCAGAUGUUGUUUAUAGCCUCCAAAGGCUACCGUGCCAUCGCACCAGACCUUCGUGGGUUCGGUGACACAGAAGCGCCACCUUCCGCCACUAGCUACACCGCGUUCCACAUAGUUGGAGACUUGGUGUGCUUGCUUGACUCUUUGGGUUUGGACAAGGUUUACUUGGUGGGUCAUGAUUGGGGUGCCAUAAUCUCAUGGUACAUGUGUUUGUUUCGACCGGAUCGGAUCAAGGCUUUGGUUAACAUGAGUGUGGUCUUUACUCCAAGGAACCCUUUGGUUAAACCGCUGGACCAAUUUAGACAGAUUUUUGGCGAUGAUUUCUACAUUUGCCGGUUCCAGGAAGUUGGGUGGGAAGAAGAGUAUGCAAAAGUUGAUACGAAACGACAACUUGCUGCCUCUUAUUUUAAUCGAAAUCCAAGAGCACCUAAGCUACCCAAAGAAUACGCAAAGUUUUUUAAUCCACCUCCAUACACUUUACCUUCAUGGUUCACCGAACAAGACCUAGACUAUUUUGCAUCUAAAUAUCGCGCCACAGGAUUCCGUGGACCAUUUAACUAUUAUCGUUCUUUUGAUGCAAACUGGGAGCUGUCUGCAGCAUGGACCGGAUCCAAGAUAUUGGUGCCGGUGAAAUUCAUUGUGGGGGACUUAGAUCUGACGUACGCCUCUCCGGGAACAAAGGAGUACAUACAUGGUGAUGGAUUCAAGAAAAUGGUGCCCGGACUUGAAGAAGUGGUGGUGAUGGAAGGAGUUGCUCACUUUAUCAACCAAGAGAAGCCACAAGAGAUCAACAACCAUAUUUUAGACUUCAUCAAAAAGUUUUAAGUUCAAUGAUCCAAUAAUAAUUGUGGGUGGCUAUAAGCAUAUGAUCAUUCAAUAACUUUUUUGAAAAGUUUUAAAUGAAACCAAAAGAGGCGACUUUUUGUUCACUAAGGUAGUGUUCGUUUCAUGGAUUGUAAUGGAAUUGGAAUGGAAAUUCGUUUAGAAAUUGAAAUUUGAUUUGUAAUAAA